AUGGCCAUCACCGCCGAGAAGGCCUGCAAGGCCUCGCAGAUUAUGAACCUCCUCUUCGCCACCGGGAUGAUGUUCUUCCCGACCAAGAUGAUGGAAGGCUACAAAGCCGGUACCUUCAAGGGUGACGGCAACACCUUCUUCCUGUUCGCCAUGGGCAUCUUCGGCCUCAGCAUCAUGGGCGCGGCGGUGACCAACUCCACCAUGAUGCGCCCCUCCGCGUCCAAGAAGGCUCAGGGCGUGCAGUGCCUCGCCAACUGCAUGUACUGGACGAUGUUCCUCCUGAGCGACGGCUCCAAGGCGGUCUCGGGUUCCAUGCCCAAGGCGUUCUCCGGCGACGCCCUCCCCCAGAUCUAUGGCAACUUGGGCCUCUUCGCGGUCUUGGCGGUGGUGAACUACAUGGGCUGGACGUCCGCCGGCUCGCCGAUGCCCGAUACCUCCAACCUCGUCCCGUCCGGCGCUCUCAAGACGACCCUCAUCGCCAACUUCGUCAACCUCGGUUUCUUCGGCAUCGGAUGCAAGUUCUUCACCGAGACCUUCAUCGACAUGUACGUCCCCGGCGUCGUCGCCGGCAUCAACAAGGGAUCGCCCGACGCCAUGGAAGCCAUCUAUCUGAUCAUGUCCAACGCGGGCAUGUGCAUGCUGAUGAACAUCGUCUCCGCGCUCAUGGUCCUCGCCGCCGAGCCCGGUAACGCCGACACCAACUACCGCAUCCAGCGCGCUUGGUUGUACACCAACUUUGUGUACCUCGGGAUGCUCUCGAGGGAGAACGUCGUCGCCGCCGCCACUGGCUGGCCGCAACCAAUGUUCGUCGCAACCUUCGUGCAGUCCUUCGCCGUGACCUUCUUCAGCGCCACCGCGCUCGGGGCGUACCCGAUCAAGAUGUUCUACCCGUUCUACAACUCAGGCUUUUGUUUCUUCCCCGAGAAGAUGAUGGAGGCCUACAAGGGCGACACGUUCUCCGGCGACGGUAAGACCCUGUUCAUCUACUUCAUUGGCAUGAUGGGCACCAUGAUCGGCCAUGCCGCGAUGGUGAAUGCCACCAUGAGGCUCCCCACCGCCAAGAAGGCAGCUCGCGGCGUGUGCUGCCUGGGCAACGCCGUGGCCUGGACGUUCUUCAUCAUCCUCGACGGCCAGCUCACCUUCAACCUCCGCAUCCCCGGCAUGAUCAAUGACCUCCCCAGCGCGUUGCCCAAGGACGGCAUGAUUGCCAACCUGGUCGUCUUUGCGGUCAUUGUCGGCGUCAACUACCUCGGCUGGAAGGAAGCUGGCUCACCGAUGCCCGACACCUCCUCCCUCGUCCCGUCCGGCAUCCUCGCGACUCCCCUCAAGCUCAUCAUCGUCGAUGCCCUGUUCUGGGGCGUGGGCGCGUGCUUCGCGCCGUCCAUGAUGAUGGACCAGUACCUCCCCGGCGCCAUGGGGAAGGCCGGCAAGGCGCAGGAUAUGAUCUGGAUGAUUCUCGAGCGCAUCGGCUUCCAGUCGCUCCUCUCCACGAUCCACACGAUCAUGACCCUCGCCGCGGUGCCCGGCGACGCGGACACCAACUACCGCAUCACGCGCUCCUACGUCUACCGCAACAUGUUUUUCCUCGGCUACAUCUCCAGGGACAACGUCAUCAAGAGCUGCACCGGGUGGAGCUUCCCACUCCAGGCUACCAACUUUUUCCAAGCCAUGGGAAUCACCUUUUACGCCGCUUCCCAGCUCGGCGCGAUCGGCAUCACCAUCAAGAAGGGCAAGUCGGCGUGA